CAGCGUUUUCUCCUCACCGGGUCACGUUUCUUCAGGCCACUUUUCACCAAAGCGAUGCAAAGGAAGGCAGACACAAAGAGAGGAUAGAGUGCUGGAAGAGGAGAAGAAAGGAAGCGACGCGGUGGAGGAAACCAUCCGCACACACACACAUAUACAGUGAUGGUCUGCUGUAGAAACCAGAGGAUGUGGCUUCAGAUAGGACCUCCACCCCUCCUAACCAGUCUUUGACACUCUGGAUGAACAUCAGACACAGCGCUCUCCUGCAGACCUUCACUGUCACUGAGGUCACACUCCCUUCAUUCCUGCUGUAAUGGAGAAUCACAGGCUGCUGUCACUCACCAUGGCUCUGCUGGGCUUCCUGAGCCCAUGUCUGACAACACUGACUCCCAGAGUCUCCUUCCCUGUGGGCAGUCCUGGGAGACAUCUCACCCGCUUCAGCAGCCCUGACGUCAGCAACACCACCACACUGCUGCUCAGCGAGGACGGAGAUAUGCUGUAUGUCGGAGCUCGGGAUGCUGUGUUAGCGCUGGAUGUGAGCCUCAAAGAAGCCAUCGUACUGAGGAGCAAGCUGGACUGGAGCCCGUCAGAUAAAGACCUUGAAGAGUGUUCCAUGAAAGGCAAGAAGAUGGCCGACUGUCCAAAUUUCAUCCGUGUGCUGCAGUUCUUGAACACCACCCACAUCUACGCCUGUGGAACGUUUGCCUUCAGUCCAUGCUGCACCUAUAUUAACACAGAGUCUCUAAUGAUGAGCGUCAAGCCUGAUGAAGGAAGAGGUCGCUGCCCGUAUGACCCCUACCAACGCAACACCGCCAUCAUCGUAGAUGGAGAGCUGUAUACUGGGACAGUGGCAGACUACAGGGGGAACCGGCCAGUGAUCUCCAGACACCUCAGUGAAGGCAGGCGAGUUGACCUGAAGUUGGAUGAUACGUUAGGAUGGCUGGAGGAUCCAACCUUCAUCAGCUCCAGUUUCAUCCCUGAUGAGGAGAAAAUCUACUUCUUCUUCAGUGAAGUGGGCAGAGAGUACGACUUCAUCGACAAAUUUAUCGUCUCUCGUGUUUCUCAGAUCUGCAUGAGUGAUGUCGGAGGCCAGAGGACCUUGCAGCGACGCUGGACUACGUUUGCCAAAGCUCAGCUGUUGUGCCAGGCUGACAAUGAGCUGCCCUACAAUGUGAUCCAGGACAUAGACAGCCUCCCACCAGUAGACGGAGCUCCUGCAGAUGACACACUCUUUUAUGGCAUCUUCACAUCUCAGUGGUCUGUUAACUCCGGACAGUCUGCAGUGUGUUCUUUCCGCCUCAGUGACAUCAAAUCAGUUUUCUCUGGUAACUACAAAGUCCUGAAUCGAGACACGCUACAGUGGAGCACACGGGUUCAAGAGAAGGUUGCAAACCCAGGAGAGUGUGGCCUGCACAACGCCUCAGACAACGCCCUGCGCUUCGUCAAAGAGAACUUCCUGGCGGACGACAGCGUUCGGCCGGUGGGAAGAAGUCUGACCAUGGUGUCUACAGAGCACAACUACAGCCACCUGACUGUCCAGAGAGUCCAAGCUGCCAACAACAGAGACUACACUGUCCUCUUUCUACUCACAGAGUCUGGUUACCUAAACAAAGUGGUGCUGCUGCAGAGUGGUGCCCACAUUAUUGAAGAGAUCCAGGUGUUUGAGAAGCCUCAGCCUGUCAAGAGUCUGAAGCUGUCCAUACCAAAGGGUAUGAUCUAUGUCGGCACAUCUGAGGGUGUGAUGAGGGUUCCAACAGCCAACUGCUCUUUCUACUGGACCUGUGCUCAGUGUGUUCUGUCCAGAGACCCCUUCUGUGGCUGGGACCCUGCCAGCAGGGCCUGUGUGGAGACUUCUAGCACCCAGACCAGCCUAGGCCAGGACAUUGACAGAGGAAAUGUUGAAGAAGCAUGUUUUACAUUAACACACAGAGCCAGAUUUGGUCCUAACAACCUUCCUGCAGCCUCAUGUCCUGCAGGUGAGCUGGUGUCGGUGUCUCUGAACGAAGUGGUGCGUCUGCAGUGUCCCGCCGCGUCUCGGCUGUCCCGGCAGCUGUGGGAACGUCCCAACAGCCGGCUCUCCUCAGACCUGUACCUGCACCUGGAGGACGGCAGUCUGAGCUUCGUGGCCACCCCCGCCACGCUGGGCCACUACCUCUGUCUGUCCACUGAGAAUGGCUACCAGCAGACUAUGGCCAUCUAUCACGUCAAACAGAAGAGCAGCCCCGUGCCUCAAACUCCAACCAGCUACAGCCGGCCUCAGUCGCCCCCUAUCCCCACCACGCGUGCUGACAGGCCCGGGGUUCACACGUCUUCGGACCCUAAAAGAACAGAAACAAGACAGAAAGAGACUGAGCCAACUCCAACCAGCGGUGACACCCGGGUCACCACCAGACAGCUGGGCAGGAACUUCACCACCUUGUGGACGGUGGGAUCCGGGCAGAAGGAGGCAGAGCUUCGGGACGGGGAGCCCCUGCUGUCUUCACGGGGCCCCAGCUACCUGAAGGAGCUGGUGAUAGUGUCAGUUCUGCUGGUGCUCUGCCUCAGCCUGCUCAUCACCAUGUUCCUGUACGUGGCCAGACAGCGCUGCCGCAGCCGGACGGCCCCGCAGUCAGGGACUCCAAGCAGAGACUCUGACAGAAGGACCCCUGUGGAGCAGGAGGCCCUCAGGGGGAAUCAGUUCAUGAGCAAGCGUAACGGACAAGCCCUGCACAGCGGACAGGCCAGUGGGUUGGUCUGUAACGGGGCACUCACAGGCUCUAACGGGCAUUUACCCAACACCCCUAUCUAAACAUGC